AUAACCUAAGUCUUUCACACAACAAAUUAAUCCCAAACCAAACGAGAAAUCUCUGAAUUUCCUUCUUUAAACCUCUCUCUCUGUUAUUUUUUCUCAACAAACCUAAGAGGAGAUCGUCGAAGAAGAAGAAGAUAUCAAAUUCGAGUUCACGGGAAACACAAAAGACACGGAUGAGCCAUUUAUCCAUUCUUCAGUAGAUCUCCUCCUUUCCUACCAAUUAGGUUUCUGCAGAGAUUCUUCUUCGUAUUAUUGAAGGUAAUGAAGAAGAUAGGCAGCUGGAAAUACUAAUGAUUACAGUUAGAACCAUGAUUCUAUUUUCCGAGUGCAAUCGAAAAUGCCAUCAGAAGAAUAUGUAAACCCCACCUUCUUGAUAUACACGUUACACUUAGAAUCAAUCAAUGACCAUUUACAGGUUUUUGACACUGGGAAGAAAUAGAGGAGUUGGGCGCCUCUUUCUAGAGCAAAGAAACAGUUGCUUGGUGACGAAGAAGCAUGGGGUUCAUGUUACAGUUGGACCAUCUUCCUCCAUUCCUAGAUUAUACUCACAAUCCUCCAUUCCUAGAUUAUAUUCACAAUACAGCAGUCAAAGACAUCUUUCAUAUUCAUUUUAUAAGGCCAAGUCAAAUUUUUGUAGCAGUUACACAAAAAAUCCUCUACUUUCGACCAGUAAUAAUACAGUGACACAUCAUGCUCAAGUUGCUUGGAAGAGGCUUUAUCAGAUAUGUUCUUACAAUGGGCCUUCAUUCCCUCCCAUAAAUAAGAUAGCUUGUGCUGUGAGCUUGGCAUUGACCAGAUCACCCGUUAUAGUUCCUAGCAUUUUUGCACUAGUUCUUGGAAAUGCAGCAUGGACACAAAGGACUUGGGCUGACGGACACAGUGAGCAGUUUGCAACAAGUAAUAGUAUUUACAUGCAUGCGCAAAAUGGGCAUCUUUAUUUAAGCUCAUUUUUGUUCUCAAUCUUUGACGGAAUCAUGUUAUUAUUCAGAAGCAUGUAUUUGGCAAUUCUUUUUUCACCUAGCAUAGCAAUGGCUCCAUUUGCGGAUUGUAUGGGUGAGAACUUUAGGAAAAUAUGGCUUCAUAUAGUACGUGUUACACUGGAAAAAGCAGGUCCAGCUUUUAUCAAAUGGGGACAAUGGGCAGCUACAAGACCUGAUCUCUUUCCUAGAGAUCUCUGCACCGAGCUUUCAAAGCUUCACACCAAAGCCCCAGCUCAUAGCUUUGCCUACACUAAAAAAACUAUUGAAAAAGCAUUUGGUCGUAAACUUCCGGAAAUCUUUGAGGAUUUUGAAGAGGAACCUGUAGCAUCAGGAAGUAUUGCCCAAAUACAUCGAGCUACUUUGAGAUUUCGAUACCCAGGUCAAAAGUCGAAGCCGAUUGUGGUUGCUGUGAAAGUUAGACAUCCUGGUGUUGGUGAAUCAAUUAGAACAGAUUUUGCAAUUAUUAAUGUGGUUGCCAAAAUUUCGAACUUCAUCCCCGCAUUGAAGUGGUUGAGACUUGAUGAAAGUGUACAACAGUUUGCUGUCUUUAUGAUGUCUCAAGUAGAUCUUGCAAGAGAAGCAGCACAAUUGAGUCGUUUUAUUUACAAUUUUCGACAUUGGAAAGAUGUUUCUUUCCCAAAGCCUUUAUAUCCUCUGGUGCAUCCUGCUGUUUUGGUGGAGACUUUUGAGAAUGGAGAAAGUGUUGCAGCCUAUGUUGAUGAGAACGUAGGACAUGAAAGAAUGAAAAGUGCUCUUGCUCACAUUGGUACUCACGCGCUUCUGAAGAUGCUUCUGGUGGAUAAUUUUAUCCAUGCAGACAUGCAUCCCGGAAAUAUCCUUGUCCGGGUACCUAAAGGCAAGCCUUCUCGUAAGAAGCUCUUUAAAUCGAGGCCUCAUGUUAUUUUCCUUGAUGUUGGGAUGACAGCUGAGCUCUCUAAGAGUGAUAGAGUAAAUUUGUUGGAGUUCUUUAAGGCUGUUGCAGUUCGUGAUGGCCGCACAGCUGCGGAGUGCACCUUGAGGUUAUCAAAACAACAGAACUGUCCAAACCCAAAAGCCUUCAUUGAGGAAGUGUCUAAGUCAUUUGCUUUUUGGGGCACCCCGGAAGGUGAUAUAGUCCACCCUGCCGAUUGCAUGCAUCAUUUGCUUGAGCAAGUUCGACGUCACAAAGUCAAUGUUGAUGGCAAUGUUUGCACUGUGAUGGUUACUAUGUUGGUGCUCGAGGGAUGGCAGCGGAAGCUUGAUCCAGAUUACGAUGUUAUGAGGACACUACAAACGUUGCUGUUCAAGAAGGACUGGGCAGAGUCACUUGUCUAUACAAUCGAAGGACUCAUGGCCCCAUAAAAAACUGCUAAUCUUUUGAGCUGUUCUUUCAAACAAUUUUGACUGACUGGUAAUCAAGACAUAAAAGAUUGAUCGAAGAAAAUAAAAACAAGGUAUAUAUUGUACACUGGAAAGGAAAAAAAAAACGGAUGGAGCGAAUUUUGUUACGGCUUCCACAUUUUGUUUUGGUAGCUUCCACUAUUCCGUUCUUCUGUAUUAUUUUGUUUAGGUUUAUUUAUUGUUAACGAAUAUCAUUUUCUUAACAUAAACAGUUGCAGGUAGUAACCAGAACAGAGCAACAUUACUGAUUUGAUUUAUGCAAAUAAACAUGAGAUACAGAUGAAA